AUGGUGAACGGCGAGCAUGACAGUUACACCAUUGCGUACAGGGAUGCCAAUGACGCCACGGUCUACAAGGUCUCGGACUCGCUGAACUCGCAGGCGCAGCUCGAGCAGCUCUGGCUGGACGUGAUGCUGGUCCCGGCGAUGGUCGCGCUCUCGAUCGGGACGGUGCUGACGCGCCAGUGGACCGACAACGGCAUCCUGUACUACUACGCCGUGCUCGUCGGUUUCUUCACUGUCGUGAGCAUGUCGAACGAUUGGAUGACGUCGUUCUGGACGCGGUCCUUGAGGCUCUCUGGCGACCUGGGCAUGAAGGGAUCCGCCGUGUACGACCACUACCAGGGGUACAAGGACAUGGUGACGUACGUGCAGCUCUUCAUCCUCGUCGCGCUCAUCUUCACGGCAGUGCCCACGGAGAGCAUCACGGCCUACAGCUACAUCCUCUUCUACAACUGGCUGUACUUUGUGUUCGGGCUGUUUGCCGUGUACAUGCUCCCCGAUUUCAUCAAUGACAGGGCAGCGCUCAACAUCCACACGGUCACGGCGAUGAAGCAGACGGCUGUGCUCCUGCUCGUCUUCACCCUCGUGAUCACCCUAAGUGUGACGGAGUGGGUCAAGAAGGACAUCUUUGCGUACCAGGGGUUGGUGUAG